AUGCGCGGACUUGGCCUCAUCCUCACGCUCACCAGCUGCUCGCUGGCACCAGUCCUCGCGGACGCCGGAUCGUUAGGCCAGUAUGCUCUGCAGAAGCUGCUCCAAGACGGCAUAGAAGUAUUCGGCGAUGUCGAGUCGACCGACUCGGCAAACGAGAACUGGAUGGGUCGCCUGCCGGACUCGAUGCUCAUCACGCACAUCAACGUGCCGGGGACCCACGACGCCGCCACAUGGAACUACUCGCAGGCGACCCACGACGCCCUCUCGUACGCCACGCGCUGCGACGGCACCGCCGUCCCCGAACCGCGGGCCUACCGCUGCCAGCGUAUGAGUUUCGCCGACUCGCUGCGAGCCGGCAUCCGGUUCUUCGACCUGCGGUGCGCGCUCGACCCCAUCGACGCGAACCUGGUCUUCUGGCACGGCCCCGCGCUGGUUUCGGCGCGUGCCACCGUCGCCGACGUCCUGUUCGGCUUCUACGCCUGGCUCGAGGCCCACCCGUCCGAGAUGCUGAUCCUGAGCUUCCAGUACGAGGGCUCGACCAAGGUCAACGCUACUAACGAUGCUGCGGUGCAGCGGGCCUUAUUCGAUGUUCUGACUUCGGAGGCGGCGCGGCGGUAUGUCCUCCAGGAGAAGGGGACGGUUGGCACGCUUGGUGGUGCGAGGGGCAAGAUAUUGCUCGUUCGACGCUUCGACUUGGCGGACCUGCCGCUCGAAUUUGAGGCCGCGAUGCCGGGACUGCAUAUGCCACCUACGGUAUGGACGGACAACUCGAGCGACUUCGAGCUCGUCUACAACAAGACCACCAACGCUACGGCCUACAUCGAGGAUUACUACAGUCCGGACGCGUACCUGACGACGGCAGACAACAUCGCGGCGAAGCUGAACGCGACGCGGGCGCACCUCGAGAAGGCGACGCAGGCGCACUUCGGGAGUUUGUUCAUCACAUUUACGUCCGGCACGCACGUUGCGCUUGACCCGCCGGUGUUUCCCGAGGUCAUGGCGCUGGGGACGGGGACGGGAGCCAAUGGCACGGAAAAGAGGGGCGUCAACCAGCAGCUGGUGCCGCUGCUGCGGCACCUGAAGGGGAGUAGGCUUGGGAUUGUGGUCAUGGACUUCUUCGAGGAGCCGGAGGGACUGGUUGAUCUUGUUUUGAGGUUUUAG